CGGAUGCAAAAAAUAUGAAACAGUCCAAUUCAAGUUUAAUUAACGAGUUAAAAAUAUAAUUACAUAGUUAUUUUACUUAUUCGUCUAAUAACGAUUGUCAGAAAUGUGAGAACUCGAGAAAGAUCGACGACCACAAGGGUGCUUGUUCAUGAAAGAAGUAUAAUCAGAUCAGAAUACGCCAAAAGAGUUUUGAUUGCGGAGCCAGAAGAACUGCUUUUUCAUAAUUUUCAAUACAAUAAAGUGUAUAAGGUAUGCAUUCAUAAAAUUAAUGACUGAGUUAAUUUAAUGAAUAAAACUGUAUAUGUAUUGCUUUAGAAGAUCGUGCUGCUGAAAAAUGUCGGGAAUUCUAUGGCCAUGUAUAAAAUUGAAAGAAGAUUACCUAAUUCCAAAUUUACCGUUCUCCUCAACACAGCAGCUAUGAAAAUGCAAAAAAUUGCACCUGGCAUGCACAUUAAGUUGACGGUUUUAUUCCGAUGUGAUGUUAUCGAAGAUCCAGAAGAAUUUCUUAUAAUAAACGUAUAUUCAGGAAAAACGGUAUGCAUAAAAAUGCAUGGGUAUCGAGAUCCUCCUCUGCUGAGAGGUAUUCUUUCUGAAUUUCACAUGUCGCCUAAGUAAAUGGCUACCCUCAACCUUAACUACGUAACUAAUCUAAACAUGUACUUUCCAAAAGUUGUGAAAACUUUGUAUCAAUCUUCGUCAUGUUCUCAAUCCAUCGCCACGGACAUAGAAAAAAGUAGGUCAUCUUUUCUAAGUAUUACUGAAGAAGAGAAGCUCGAAAUCCCCGGGGAACAGGUCUUGUCACUUUGCUCGUUUCAGUUAGAAAUUUACGUUUUCUGUGACUCAAUAGAAACCAUUGUUACAAUUUAGCUCACUGGAACUCACUGUGGAGAUAUUGGAAAAUACAAUGACGGCAAACUUGUCAGAUGUACCAUGAAUUUGGGAGCAAAUUUUGAAUGUGGAAAGUGUUUUAUCGGCGAGCGAACCAUUAUAUCAAGACGAUUUGUUAAUGAUGGUGGCGAUGGGAAAUUUUUUAUCAUGAGUGAGAUCGACUGGUGUACAAUGAAUCUUGAGGCAAGUUAAUUUUAAUUAGACUGAACUCUUCUUUUCUUCAUUCUUUCUCGCAAGUUUGAUAAAUAAAUUAAAUGUUUCAGGAUAUUAUGGAUUGUAAUAUGAUUCUUGUACCACCUUUUGCUGUAUGGCCAGUAUAUUUUUCACUAAAAACUGGUGAAUAUGUAGAUAUUCGUACAUAUUUUUGUCCUGAGUCGUACGGCAUGCAAGUAAUUAUUAAAGAAUAUCAUCUGUAUCGUAAUAUAGAAUUUCGCAAUAAGUUGUCUGAAUUAAAUAUCCAGUUUGUUUUGCUGGAAGCUUCUUAAACUUCUGUGAUUUGUAUGUAAUAAUUGUACUUCAUAAUUUUUGUAGGUCGAUAAGUUAUAUAUACUUUGUGACAAUCAUGCUGUUCAUCCGAUAGAACUUAUGGGAGAUGGAGUCUGGUACGACCCAAACUUUAUUCGCUUUGGGAACAAUAUGGAAAUAUGUUGCUCCCCUCAAGACAACGAUAUAACUUUGGUUGAUUACCGUCUAAAUAUGGCUAGCACAGUUCCAGGCGAUGUUCUAAAAAAACAUAUUUUCCUUACAAAUAAUAGCGACAUGGAAAUGUCCUAUCGAUGGGAAAAGCAUUCGACAAUAUGUUCUACGUCGGAUUCAAAAAACAGCUGGUCACAUUUACCAAUGGAAAACCUGACCAUUCAGCCAAUUAUGGGUUCUCUGAAUGCAAAUUCGAUAACAUUUUUCAAAGUUGUUGUACAGAUGAAUGAUAUGGAGCCUGGUGAAUAUUGUACUACUCUACGGUAAGAAUGCACAAAGACUCAACAAAAAUGAUCGAUUCUUCACACUUUUUUAAUAAUCCAAUAUUGGAUUAGCUUUUUUCAAUGUCAAUGGAGGUAAUCCUAAAAAUCUAUUUUAUAAAACAGUCGUAUUACUGUGUUUCAGACUAUAC